UUAAAAUUUAAAUUGUAACCUAGAAAUUUGUAAACACGUGCGAUGUUUUGUUGUCAUUGGUCUUCGUUUAUUAAAUUAAAUAGUUUAUAUAAAUAUUUUUAUAUACAUACGUGUACUUAUUAAAAUAUAUAUUGAUUGUGUUUGUGUUCAGAUUAGUUAAUUUUAAUUUAUGAUUUUUAAAUUAUUUAAAAAUGGAUGGGAUUAUUAAUAAAGAGGCUGGAGAUAAAUUUAAAUUAAAAGAAAAACGCAAUCGUAAAGGAGGUUUUUUAUCACAAAAAUAUAUCUCUUCGGAUGAUUCUUCAUCAGAUAAUUCGCUGUGCGAUGAUAGCAGUAAGAAAAAAAAAAUAAAUAAUAAUAAUGAUAUUGAUUUUGUAGAAAAGAAGAUAAUUAAAAAUGAUGAUACUGAGACGGUAGAUUCGAUUGAUUCGAAUGUGAAGCAGAUGAAAGAAGUAAAAGAAGAAGUGGUAAAUGAUGACGCAUAUGGAGAAGUAGUUAAGAAGAUUAAGAAGAAAAAAACGAAAGAUAUUUCUGGUGAAAAUGAUUUAUUGGACAGUAAAAAGCUCGAAGAAGUAUCGAGUGCAGUUGAAAAUCAUCAGGAGUUUGAUGAAAAUCAGGUUAAGAAAAAGAAAAAGAAGAAAAAAAAUAAAGACAUUGAUGCUGUUGAAGAAAAUUUAAAUGCAGAGCUAGGGAAUGAAGGAGAUGAUCUUGAAAAUAAACUUUGCAUGGAUGGUGAAAGUAAAAAGAAGAAGAAGAAAAAACGCAAUGAAUUGUGUGAUAAUGAGGUAGAAAUACAAGGGAAGUAUGGAGAAGAAAUAUGUGAUAACGGAAGUAAAGUGGAGGCUGGAUCUUUAGAAAAAAAGAAAAAAAUGCAUGAAUUUAUUGAAACUGAUGGGACUCAACAAGAAGCGAUUGCUGAAGAAGCGGAUACUGAUAAAGUAAAGAAGAAAAAGAAGAAGAAACGAGAGCGUGAUGAUUUAGAAACUAGUAGUCUGGUUAAUGAACAGAAUCACUUAAAUGAUGGACAAAAUAUUGAUUCUAUUAUUGCGAGUUUAUCAGUAAAAGCAGAAGAUGAUAAAUCGCAGGAAUCAGCUGAUGCAGUUAAAGUUAAAAAGAAGAAGAAAUCUGCAGAACCAAGAGCUGCAGAUACUUUGGAAAAGAUGAAAGUCAGUAAAGAAGAAUCUGAUGUGACUCAACAAGAAUCAUUUGCUGUAGAAGUGGGCACUGAAGUGAAGAAGAAAAAGAAGAAGAAACGAAAGCGUGAUGUAGAUGAUUUGGAUACUGGUGGUUUGAUAAAUGAACAAAAUGACCCAGUUGAUGAAAAAAAUAAUGACUUUGCUGUUGCAAGUGUGUCAGUAAAAGCAGAAGAUGAUAACUUGCAUGCAUCAGCUGAUGCUGUGAAAAUUAAGAAGAAGAAAAAGAAAUCUAGGGAACCGAGGGAGAAAGAAUUGAUUGAAGAGCACAAAGUUAAGACUGAAGAUAGUCUAGAAAAAAUGAAAAUAGACAGAGAAGAGUUGACUGAACCUGCUAAUAAAAUAAAAAAGAAGAAACGUAAACAUCAUGAUGCUGAAAACGGCGAGCUGGUGAAUGAGCAAAGUGAUACUACAGCAGUACCAGUAAAAAAAAAGAAAAAGAAAUAUCAUAAUGAAUUGAAUGACAAGGAAUUGAAUGAAGAGCAGAAAGAUGAUGCUGCGGAUACUUGUUUGUUAGAAAAAAUAAAUUUGGGAAAAUUAGAAUCUACUGAAUCGGUAGAUAAAAUAGAAAAUAAAAAUUCCGAACCUGAAUCUGUUGAAAAUAAUUUAUUACAAGAAAAUAAUCCAGAGUCUGGGUCAAUUGAAAAUGGUUUGAGUGAAAAAAAUGUCGGAGGAAUUAAUAAUAAAAAUGAGGAAGAGUCUGAUUCUGAUGAUGGAAUGAUUUUGAAUAAAUCAAGUGAUAGCGAAGCUAGUAAUGAUGAAACAAAAAGUAGGAGUGAUAAUAAACCAAGCCAAAGUACGGAAAAGACACAACAAAGUAUAACGGAUUCUGAAAUUUCUGAUGAAGAAGAUGAUGAAGAUUAUGACGAAGAAGAAAUAGUGCCGCGCAAAAGAAGGCACAAAUCGAUAUUUGAAAAAAUUCCUGUUAUCGCUAAGAUGCUGACCGAAUCUGACGACGAAGAAGACGAACUUCAGAUGCAGCAAUUAAAUCUAACUGAAUCAAAAAAACUGGCAGAGCUUAGAAUAAAUUUGAUCCAUCAUGUCUUACCACAACAUAACAUAGAAAAAAAUGCAGGUACUCGUAGUCUUUCUAAAGAAGAAAAAAAAAGUUUCGAAAGUUACGCGCCACUGAAAACGGGAACGUUUACUCCAGAAGAAGACAAUAGAAUUUGUCAUAAUUGGAAGAGGUUCUGCAAGGUACACGACUGGAGAAAAGCUCUAGUACAUCCCUUUAUAUUCCGUAAACGUAAAGGAUUUUACUUUCUUUCAAAAUAUGAAGAACGAAGAAAAUUCGUUCAAUUUUUAGCCCAUGGUUUACCUAAUAGAUCUCUGUACAGUGUUUAUGGUAGAUUCAAAAACUUGUACAGUACUCACAAACAAUCAAGAUAUACUAAAGAAGAAGAUGCGAUUAUAUUAAAAAUAAUAAAUGAUCCAACAGUAAAACAUCCACAAAAAGUUUUAGCUAAAAGAUUAAAUAGAACUCCGCAGUCAGUAUGGCGGCGUAUUAAAUUACUGCAAAAGAAAAGCGAAUCAGAUAACAGUGACAAUGAAUGAAUAUUUUUUGAGUGUGAAUGUAGCUGUCCGAGCGAUUUUUUGAAUUUUUAAAUAAAUAAAUACAAUGUAAGUAGAAUAAAAAUUUAAAAAUUGUCUCAUAUCUGCUACAUUGACACUCAUAUAUUUAUAACAUAUAA